GAUACGUAUAGGCGUUAUAUGUAGACGUGUAUAUAUAUUUAUCAAAAUACCUGAUAGAAUGUUUCCUCAUAUUGUAUUUUUGUAACAUUUGCAUCCAUGUACGUGCAAUUAUUAUAGUUGUACUUAAUCAUUCUGAAAGCAUUUCUAAGAAUACACACUCUUUGGUAUGUUAGAGUAAAAGGCAAACAACGUAUUCAUCGCGAUAUGACGUAAGAACCAAUGUCAAGAGCGUACAAAUGGGUGAAGGUAAACAGGCGAGUAACUUUUCUCUCUUCUCGAGAUGUGUCCGACGCAAACGCUUCCACAGUAUUGAUCUCGUUCGAAGUUGGCUUGAAGAUAAAAGUGUGGACUAACGUCGUUUUACAUUGUGAAUUUUUAUCUUUUUGGGUACGAAGAUAUCUCUCUGAAAUAUAUUUACCCGACUUAUUUAUCCACAUCACUAAAAGACAUUUAUGCCGUUGAAGAACAGUGAUUUUCGGCUGUGUGAGCGAUAUCGACAAAGAAAAUGCCGCGAACUUCAUAUUCCGAAAUCCUAGCAGAAGCGGCAGGCGUGAAGAUCGUAACAUCCUCGCCUGAAGAAAAUACGAAUGCGCCCGCGUCUGGAAAGAUAAGUCUCAAGAUGCAGAAAAUAAACAGAUCAUCCAAUAAUUCCCUGGGAUUUCAUUUGACGAAAUCAAAAUGGGAUCCAUUUCCGUGGAUCAGCUACGUCGAAAACGAUAGUCCUGCUGACUUGGCUGGCUUAAGAACUGGGGAUUGCCUCCUGAGUGUGGACGAUGUCGACUUGUUAGGUUUAAAGAUAGCAGAGAUCGCUGUGUUGAUUCGCAAAGAGGAUGAAAGUCAUAUAAACAUUGACGUGUGGAGAUGUCCUCAGGAAGCACAAGACGAUGUCGGAUUAGCUUUGCAGGGUCCGCUUCCGGACGUAGCAAGAAACCUCGUGAGCGCAUUGUCGGGAAUGAUCCGUGCCUUGGAGUGUCCAAUUUGUUUGGAGACCGCCACUCCUCCGAUAUCGCAAUGUGUUUAUGGUCACAUCUUGUGCGUUGUCUGUAGACCGAAAAUGACGCGCUGUCCGGUCUGCAGAGUCCGGCUUCAUCAUGGUCGAUGUCUCCUUGCGGACAAUUUGCACCGAGUGCUCCGUGACACAUACUUCGACGCAAACAACAGCCAGACAGUGGAUAAAAACAAUGACACAUCCGAUCGUUACAGUUUGCACGAACAAUUGUUCGGUAAAAUCAAGAAGCAAGAAGAUACAUUGGUCGCGACGAAGAGUAAUCGUAGUGUCGCGAAACCCAGACAGUUUUUGUUAACUAGAUUGUUGCUGGGAAACAGAGAGAAGGCCGCUUCUGCGGAUAAUUUAACGAGAACGUCAGGCAUCAGGGAGGAAGCCGCAUCCGUUCACAACACAGCAACUGUUGCCGACAGCUUAUUGCGAUUGUCUUUAAACGAUCGUGUUAAGUCAGCUAGUACCGGCGAGUUAUCGAGGGACCAGCUCUUGACCCCAUUCACUGACUCGACAUCGUCAUCGCAGAUCAUCGGAUCGAGUCGUGGAUGCGUUAGACAUACUGUCAGUCAGCAGUCAUUAAAUUCGCAACAACCACCGAUUCUCAGCGGCUCCACGGACUCUGUAUCCUCCAUACCGCUGGCGUGUCCUCUCUUACGACUCUGUAAUGAGAUAGUGACCUCGCAUACAUUGUUAGAGCACAUCAAGAGCCACCAGGUGCCACAGAUUCAUUUCUACUCCAGAAACGUGACGAUCCCGUUACCACUUCCUUUCGGUUGCGAAGCCUUCUAUGUGCUUCAUCACGAUGGCUGUAUGUUCUUUUUCCAGUGCGCAAUGCAAUCGGCGUGGAUGACAUGUUCUACAAUGGCGUACGCGAAUAACGUGGCAGAAUGGACAUUGCACACUUGGACCGACAAUGGAUUGGAAAUAUAUUUACGGCGAUACAUCGCGUAUCUCGAGCAUCCUGUCACGCUGUCUUCGCAAUACAUCGCACCGUUGCCGAACUCACUAUCGAUGCGAGCCCUCAAUAUACGUAUUGUUAAUCAACAAGUUGACGAUAGAUUCUACGCAUGAGAUACAACGCACCGAUAACUUUGUUUUAAUUAAACUUAUCAUCUUCAUGAGUGAAAUGUGCAUUGAAGUACUCGAUAAGGGAACAGUGUAAUAUGUAACAUGCAAAUUUAUUUUUUCUUGAUAUAAUAUUAUAGAUUAACAAGUAAUGGAAUCCGCAAAGACUCCAUAGUAUCAUAUUAUUACUUAUAUUUAUCACAAAAAUACGAAGAAAAUGAUAGAACAUAAUAUAUAAUAUUAUUUCUGACAUAUACCUUAUUCUGAUAAGUUAUUGAGUAACACGUUAAAGUUAAAUUUAAUGUUAAAUUUAAUAUUGUCAGUUGAUUUUUUAUCAUUAAUGUCAACAUAAUUCUUAGCUUUAUCGUCUUGCUCAAUAUUUUUUCUCGUACAUGAAUAAUAAAUCAGUGUUAUAAAAGAAACAUGCAAAGAUAUUGUAAAAAAGGAAAAACAUUGUAACAUUUUUAAAAUAAGUUUGUUAGCAUUAAAAAUUAAAACUUAUAAGUUGAAUCAUGAACUUAUAAGUUGAACUUAAACAAAUUAUCAAAAUAUAAAAAGAAUUUUUGAUAAA